AUCCACGUGGAUUAGAGGGCAACAGGCAUUACAACAUCAUUACCGCAGAGCCUUGUUCUUUGUUCUUGGCGUCCUUGAGGGCAAACUCUUUUCUUGGGCACCCGGUUGGUUCAAGAUGUCAACAGGAGAACCGUCGGAACACUCUCUUCCCAUUCCCAUCCACCACGACGUUGUCAGCGGGACCUACAACAUUUCCGUAAAUCUGAGCGCCAUCGGUUCCACCUUACUAUCGAUUCCCACUCGGCUGCUAGCAAAAAUACGGAAAGUGGACGAUAUGAUUGCUGAAGAUACUCCCAUUGCUGAAGCUGUUACCUGGACGUCGACUGCGGCGGCGGCAAGUAAGCCGAGUAUAUCCCUGACAGCACAGUCGUUCCCUGGCCCUUGGGCUUUCUUCACGUCGGCGUACAUGCUAGGGCUCUUCGCUAUGGCCGUUCUGAUGCAUCGCAUCCAGAACAUCGUUGUUCCCACCCGGUUUCCCAACGCCUCUCAGCUUAACUCUCAGAGGCGACGACGUGUAUCGCUAAGGCGAAGGCUUUACAACGCCCUCCUACCCAUGGAUGUUUCUCGAACAAGUACACGUCUCGCGCUCCAUAUGCCGUCCUUGUAUUAUAUGUGCAAGAUGUUAUUAAUGUGGACUCUCCUUCUCCUCAAAAGUGCCGACCUUUGUCCCGAAUACGAGUCUGGAACGAUGCAUGACCUACUCCGGUGGAGUGAACAAAGGGAGAUGAACCAGAUUGCCUGGUCCACGUUUUGUGCUGUGUGCGCUGCAUUCUGUGUAGAGGGAUUCGUCAAGGGCCUCGACGGAGUAGGGGUGGGCAUUGGGGCGCAUAUGCAAGCGAACAGUUCCCCCUUCAAUCUGGUCGGCUAUGCGUUUCUUCUUCAUAUCUAUUCUUCACCGAUCACGCACGUCAACAAACCAGAAGGUCUGCCUUCAAGACCGGACAAGCAUGUCGUAUUCACCAUUGCGAUUCCUCUCCUCCAGCUCACGGUCUUCCACAUCCUUUCGAUCCGAAAGCAAUGGUCGACCCACCGCCUCAUUCCUACCGCCCUUACCUCUAUCUUGUCAUUGAUCCAUUUCCAUAUCACAUUACUGAUGCAUUCCUACUCAUCUCUUCCCCUCCAUUCGUCGGAUAAAGAUAUCCCCUCUUCAUACUCCAGCCCAAAUGGCACCGCCAACUAUCCCCUGCUCAACUAUAUACCCAAUUUAUUCGAGACUAUGCUUCUGAUCACGAUAGUCCUCACGAUAUCCCUCAAUUGUCUUACGCAGCUCGUUCUCACUGGGAGCAUUACCCGACCAUUAUUAGGUCUUGGUCUUGCUGGACGCAGCACUAGUGCGUGGUCAUGGUCACCCAACUGGGACGAAGACUUUGGCGUGCUCAUCUUGCGCGUUGGUACUGCGAGUCUGGAAGCCACCGGAAUGCGUGGCUGGGGAAAUGAAAUGGGGACAGUCGUAGCUCCGAAACGAACCGUUCCUGUCCAUGCUGAAAUCGAGUACGGGACUGUGGCGAUGAGCAGAUCCGGCGCGAUAACCGUGAUCCCUGGAUCAGUUGCAGUUCCACCAUCAGGAAGGAAUAGAAACAAGAGACGCACCAUGUGGGGGUGGAAAAAUGAGAUUAGAAUGGUGCACGUUCGAGAGGAGGAGGCCCCCUCAGGAGGAAGCGUGGGUAUCCCUGGCAUAAUUGGUGUGAGCCGGCUGUGGUUGAGGGAAGCGUGGAGAUACGUGAAAGGUGUUUGUAGUGUGGGCGGGACCGCUUUCAAAAUGUUUUGGGAUAUUAUUAGAGGAAGGAAGGUGAGGAAUGUUUGGAUGGCGCCACCACCUAGCCGCCUCGAAAUCAUGAAUGACCGCGGCGUACACGAUCUUGUGGAAGACCUAGGGGGUGGCGAUGAUCUGUAUGAUAGGUUUGUGAAAGGUGACGAACUUAGUGAUGACGAUGACGAUGACGAAUGGGAUAACGAAGAUGCUGCUUCAGCGUCUUCAGAUGAAGAAGAUGAGGACGAGGAAGACGAGGAGAAAGAUCGAGAGGCCCUUGCGCUGUAUGCCGAUUUACGUGCGAAGGAGUCGACGCCGGGGGUUUCGUCGACGACGCUCUUGGCACACAUGACACACACUGGCGGCUCUCCCCUGACGCGACGACGAUAUGGUGCAUUGCUGGACGGAGAAAAGUCUGCUCAUUACGGAAGCGUAGUCGACGCUGAUCUCAGUCCGGGCUCCUCUAGCACUGCAAAGAGCGACGAUUUAUUAUCCUAUGAUGACCCUAGACAAAACUGCGUCAUUUGUACGACAGAAGUACGCGAGAUCAUCUGCUGGCCUUGCAGGUGUCUUUCGAUGUGCGAUAACUGCCGAGAGAGUCUGGCGUCGCGUUCCUCUUCCUCUAAACAUCGCUGUCCUUGUUGUCGACGAAACGUGGAAGGUUAUUCAAGAAUUUUCAUCCCUUAGCUCGCAUUCAAUUGUAUUAUUUUUACAACGGUCUCUAUCUACCUCGGAAUGUGUAUUGAUUUUCAUACUUCAGCGGCGUAAUAGACUGCCGGCGCUGGUAAUAUAUUUCUUCUGGUAAUAAUUCCUUUUUUUCUUCCCCGUUGUCUUUGAACGUCCUCCAGAAACCUUUUACACCCUUACUUUGCCAAACGCGGACCGGGUCGCUAUCUCGGGCACGUGCGCUCGCAAUUGCUCGUUACC